AUGGGGCUUCUCAAGCUCCCGGUGCUCAUUUUGGCUCUGAUUGUCUCUGAUCUUUACAGCCUGCCCUGGUUCAUAAAUGUCUCCGAGAGCCAGGGUCCUGGCACCAUUCUGCAGCCCUUCUCUUUCAACUGCUCCGCACCCACAGCCAGCCUGGAUUUGCUCAGCGUGCAGCCGCCUACCACCUUCUUCAACCGACCCAGUCUGACCAGGUGGCAGGGGAGCUAUGUGGGCAAGGUGACCUUGAGCAGCUCGGCUCGGCUGGAUGCCCUGGAGGUAAACCACUAUGAGCUGCAGCUGCAGUUCACCUGUGGCAACGUGGUAACCCAGGGGCCGCUCUCUGUGGAUGUGCUGCGGGAUCCCAGCCGGAUCCGGUGUGUUGGCCGGUUUGCCAGCCCAGCUGGGGAAGUCAUCCAGGUGUUGGAGACUGUCCCACCUGGGGCCCGCCUCUACACUGUGCUGCUUCCAGGCCUGGAGUUCCAGGAAGCCCAGAUGAGAAUCAUCAGUGCCCAGGACCCUCCACACUUCCCUGCACCUUUCUCCAUUAAUGAUCAAGGUUGGCUGCAGGCACCAGCACAGGGCCUCAAAGGCCAGGCGCAAAAGGUCUUCCAGCUGCGGAUCUCAGUGUCCCUUAGGCAAGGCCAAAGUUGCCAAGGAAUGGUGAUGGUGAAGGUCUUGCCGGCUCCCUCCAGCCAAGUCUUCUUCCUGCAGCAGGCCCAGAAUAUCACCGUUCCUGACUCCUUGGGUCCUGGGACAGAAGUGUUUCACGUCCAAGCCCAGGGCUCCUCCAAUGUGCACUACGAAAUCGUCUCCCCCAUGCCCAGCACAUUCUACUCCAUUGGACCUGUCGAUGGUGUGAUCCGGACCACCGCGCCUUUGGAGUUGGCUCCUGCCCAAGGCGCCGUGGUCAGCAGGCUGCAGAUAAAGGCCUUUGAACAGUUGCAACCCCAGGCUGGUGCUGAGCUAGAGCUCACAGUGAUCGUGCAGGCAGCCAACCGCUGGCCCCCACGCUGCCUCCCUGCGCUCCUGGUCACUCAGAUCCCUGAGACCACGCCUGUGGGCACCCCGCUGAACACCCUAUUCUGUGCUGACCCGGAUACUGCUGACGCCCUCCUUGACUACCAGCUAUGGUCCCACAGCCCUCUCAGCCCGGCCAGCUUUCACCUUCGAGACAGCGUCUUAGAGGUGAACACCACACUGGACUGUGAUGCUCCUGGGGCCUGCUUGCAGCAUGCAGCCUCCAUCCUGGUGCUUGAUGGUGGUCAGCCUCAGAUGACUACUGAGGUGCCGGUCCUGGUGAUGGUGACACUGGUCAAUGAGUUCUCCCCAGCUUGCGCACCACAGACAUUCCACGUUCGGGAGGAUGCAGGGCCCCACACGCUGCUGGGCUCCGUGGUAGGCACAGACCUGGAUCACCCACACAACAGCAUUGAGUACUACGCCUCUGGGGGCCCUGCCACCUUUGCUGUGGAUCGUCUCAGUGGGGAGGUACAGCUGCUUGGACAUCUGGACUAUGAGCAGCAGAAGUUAUACAGGCUGGUUGUCCUACUGAUUGACUAUGGCCAAGACCAGGACCCCACCAAUCACCGCUCAGGCUCCUGCACCAUUACCAUCAUGGUUGAGGAUGUGAAUGACCACCUGCCUGAGUGCGAGCCUCCCUUUCAGGAAGUCACUGUCUACACUCUCCUGGGCCAGAGCAUGGAGGUGACAAAGAUGUCAUGCCACAUCCCCCAGGAGCCACAGCGCCUGGCUUUCUCUUAUAGCAUUGUGAGAGGGAACAGCCAGAGCCAAUUCAACCUGCAAGGGGCCGUCCUCAUGCACAGUGGCCCCCGCCUGGGGCUCCCCUGGCCGGAGCAACCCCAAACCUAUGAGCUGCUGAUCCGGGUGGCUGAUGCAGGUCCCUCUACCCCCCAUCUCAGCACCACUGCCACUGUUAUUGUGCAUCUGCUGCCCUGGAGGGCCAGUACAGUGGCUACCAGCACCCACACAACCACAGUGCCCUCAACGAUAACACCCCUGCUUGUGACGGGCACAGAGGUCUUUUGGAAGCCAGAGGCCUGGUUUGUGGCAGUGCUGACGGGAACUGGCGUCCUUGUAGUCUUGGCUCUGAGCUGGUUCUUUAAAAAGCUUCUCCAAGGGUUGUCCCAGAGGCUACAGGCACCAAGCAAACCAGCACGGGCCUUAUUGCUAAACAGCAUCCAGGCAGCUGAGGGGUCCUUCAAGGGGUUUGCAGAGGCAUCAAGGAUGGAGCUGCCCCAGGUACCAAGCAGCGUCAUGAGCUUGUAUUUUGAUGGCAGAGCACAAGACUCCCGGACAGGCCAAGAUCACCUGUUCAACAUGCGUUCUGGACCCCAGCGCUGGCUCUGA